AUGAAGUCUUUUAGUCGAUUGGGACUUUCAGGAUAUAACCUGUGGCUGGGAAUAAGGUCUGCCAGUACAGCGAGACCGAAUCCCAUAUUCCAGAAGAAGAGCCUACUCAAUGCCAAAGUGGUUGGUGUGGUGAGUGGACUCGGAGCACUGGCUUUCGGUGGUUAUAUAGCGAAUGAUGGUGGAUCCGUUCAGGAAUCGACUGGACAUGCGAUUACCACUGCAGAGAGGAUAGCGGUUGUUUCGGGAGCAACUGUGAAGUGCUUCUUAUUGUAUGGCAGGGCCUUGAACAAGACCUACGAUUCGGACAAGGAGAGGGAGCUGGCGAUGUCUGAAUGUCACAAAGAAGCGGCAGAGAUUACGUUGAAGGCACUGGAAACAAACGGUGGCAUUUAUAUCAAGCUGGGCCAACACGUUAGUGCUAUGACGUAUCUUCUGCCUCUUGAAUGGACCGAUACCAUGAUCCCUCUCCAGAGCCAGUGCCCGGAGUCAUCGCUUGACGAAAUUAGACAAAUGUUCAAGACAGACAUGGGAGUUGAACUGGAGGAGUACUUUGAGGAGUUUGAGACGAAACCGGUGGGAGUGGCGUCGCUGGCACAGGUUCAUGUUGGUGUGUUGAAGUCGAACGGUAAGAAGGUUGCAAUCAAGUUUCAACAUCCCUCCUUGGAUGAGUUUGUGCCAUUAGACAUUCUCAUGACGAAUACAGUCUUUAAUCUCAUGGCGACGGUGUUUCCCGAGUAUCCGCUGACCUGGCUGGGCGACGAAUUGCAGUCUUCUAUCUACGUCGAGCUGGACUUUGUGAAUGAGGCCAAAAAUGCCAGAAAAACGGCUGCCUAUUUCUCAGGGUACAAAGGAUUAACUGCGUUGAGAAUUCCCGAGGUAUAUGAUGCUCACAGAAGAGUCUUAAUUAUGGAAUACGUUUCGGGUGCGAGAAUGGACGAUAUUAAGUACAUGGACAACAACCACAUUUCGCGCGCCCAGGUCUCGUCUUGCCUGUCGCAUAUUUUCAACAACAUGAUCUUCACACCAGGAGUAGGUGUCCACUGUGAUCCUCACGGAGGUAACCUGGCAAUUAGGGCUGUUAAAAAACAUUGGUGGAACUUCACUACUCCCCACAACUUCGAAAUCAUUCUCUAUGACCAUGGUCUGUACCGUGACAUACCCCAAAAAAUGAGAAGGGAAUACGCGCGUUUCUGGCUGGCAAUGCUGGACAAGGACCAGGAUACGAUGAAGAAAUACGCCAAAAAGUUUGCCAACAUUAAUGACCAACAGUUCCCCGUCCUGGCCGCUGCCAUUACAGGGAGGGAUUUCGACCAUGCUCUGAACGGAGGCGUGACGACCACCAGGGGCGAUGCUGAGCUAGAAAGGAUGAAGGAGUCAUUGGUAACAGAGGGCCUAUUUGUUGAUCUGAUGUCGCUUCUGGCAACCGUCCCCAGAAUUGUGUUGCUCAUUCUGAAAACCAAUGAUCUAACGAGACAUCUAGACGAGUCUCUUCAAAACCCGCUCGGGCCGGAGCGUACUUUCUUGAUCCUAGCAACAUAUUGUGCUUCAACAGUAUACGCUGAGGAUUUAGAAGAAAAUUCCAAAAGACGCGCUUUCAGUUGGCUCAAGGGCUAUGUCCGAGCAUGGUCAGCCUACCAUCAGAGAAGUCUACAAUUAUGGAUGUACGACGGGGCAAUGAUCCUCCGCAACUUAUAUAGUUGGAACUAA